AUGUCUCAACCAAUCGUGUUAUGGAACGCUAAACUGCGCGCAACCCAUGUCUUUGACGAUGCAGGCAUUUCAAUCACGAAAACUAUAUUGCCUCCUCCAGGCCCCAGAGCCCCUUAUGACAUGGAUCCGGAGCCUCCAAAUAUCUUGAAGACCGUCCCACCCCUUGCGUACUUCUGUAUUCGCGCUCUCACUCCUCAUGCGGACCAACUACACCACCUUCAGCAUUCCGUACCUUACAGUGGGGAUGUUGUCAGUGCUUUGGUCCGACGAACACCAGCCCCUCUUCCUGUCAAGAACAAGGAUUCGCAACCGUUUUUCGUUUCGAUUGUUAACCCUAGAUUGUUGGCAACACUCGCGCAGAUUAUGCACCCGCUUCCUGAAGAGUUCAGGGACUAUGACAUACCGCUUAGUGAUGUCCAUCUACCAUUGCUCCAAAGAGUACCUAGUCGGGAAAAUUUCUGCUUUAUAACUCUUCUGGCCUUACCAUAUUGCAAGGAAGUGUGCGACGACACCAUUGGCGUCAUUCGCCGUUUGAACACCCUCACUGCGCUGGAUAUAAAAGGGACAACCGUAGGAUCCUACGGCCUCACUGUGCUUGCUCGCGGCUUGUCAUGGAGCGACGACGAACUACAGUCCAGGACUGGUUGUUGGGGACUCAGAAUCCUGAGCCUGCAUAGCUGCACCAAUAUAGGCAACGAGGCUAUCCCCAUAUUAUCCAAAUUUCCCCUGUUAUCAUCCAUCGACCUGCGCUUCACUAGCUGCACGCGACACGCUGUCUCCAAACAUCUUGCUGAUGCUGGCUUCAGACCCUCUUCAAACCGUUUAUUGUUUCAUCCUGCUCCACUGGAGGUCUCGCUUAAGCAGCUCGAGAAUCUUAGCUCAACUUCAAUUUACUCAUGCGGACUCACCUCCGUAUUCAAGUUGCACGUUAACAAGCUCAACCAUAGCAACCUCUUUUCUGAACACGGAACCCCGUCGUACAUUCUCCAGGACAUGAUGGAGAGACCAAUAAGUUUGAUAGAUGUUGAUGUCGAUGAAGAGAACAGCGAGCUAGCUGAACCUACCUCUCAGAAUAUGCAGGCAAGCACGACGUCUAUGUUCUAUGCAUCGCGCCUGCCCCGCAGAGAAAACCUCAUCCGGGCUGCAGCCGAGGAACAGCUUCACCCAUUGACUUUGGCGCGCCCUUCACCCCAAUGGAGUGUACUAGACGCACUCCGACCACCGGUACGACAGCAACAAUCGUAUGGUCCAGAGGAAGAUUCACCACCACUAAAACUCGAAUCCAUGGACCGUGCGCGUCUCACCAAGCGUACCUUGUCAAGUGUGGAGGUCAUGGUCACGACCCUGGCCGACAAGAACAAGAAGCGGAAAGUGGAAAGUGCAUUCGCUAGCGCAAGUGCCUUUCCAAUUUCCGUUUUGAAGUCGAAAAACCCUUUUGUCAAAUCUGGGAGCUCGACUCCCAAAUCGAACGGGUCGGGCGGCAUGGUGCGAUCCGUGUUCGCUGAGCAGAGAGAUGCUGCCACUGCAUCAGCACUCGUUAAACGAGACUGGUGCAAAGCUGAACCGUGGCCUAAGUUUUGUGAUGGAGGGCCCUUGAAACCCUUGAAAACUUCCAUGUCUUCGACUUCCUUAAACAACACCACUUCGAACCCAGUCUCCUCUGCGAGUGGCAGUGCUAAUACAUCGAACCCUGCCCAAAAGAAUUCGAAGCCUCCUGCUGAGGCUAAGAUACUCAGACCCAUCACAUCGUACCCCGUUCCGCCGUGUCCACCAGAGCAUUUCCUGCUGGUGCCACAGAUAUAUCCAAAAAAUUGGGAGAAGAACAAGGGGGCUACCCACUCUGUGUUUGAGCCUUUUCCCGAUCUGACGGCGCCGAUGAAUGGGAGCGAUGAUAUCAUUGAAGUGGAAGGAAUCGGUUCCAUUCACGAUGACGAUCCCAAAAGGAAUGAGAAUCCUCCGAAGAAAGCUGGGAGAGGUCGUGGCGGUGCCAGCAGCACGACGAAGAAAGGAAAGCAGAAGGCGACUGGAUUUGACUGGAAUAAGUGGAGACGGGAAACUAUGUGA